AUGCUUUCGGGAAAGAAUCAAGCAUGUCUUCUAUACGGUGCUGGCGAUGCACGAUUCGAAGAUAUUCCCACACCAUCCCUCGAGGAAUCUCCGCGAGAUGUUUUGAUUCGGAUUGCGUACACUGGGGUCUGUGGUAGUGACGUUCACUUCUGGAUGCAUGGAGGGAUAAAUGAGAUGGUCCGCCCUGGAUUCCCAGUCACUCUCGGUCAUGAAGCCUCGGGUGUGGUCGCGGCUAUUGGGACUGCCGUCACAACGUUGAAAGUGGGAGAUCGAGUAGCGAUCGAGCCUGGAUUUCCCUGCCGUCAUUGCUCAUUUUGCCUGGCAGGAAAGUAUAACUUAUGUCCGGAAAUGGCUUUCGCAGCAAGUCCUGGGCCCGGGCCUGUUGUGCAUGGAACUCUGGCAACCUUCUUCCGUCUUCCGGCUGAUUUGUGUUAUAAGCUACCAGAUCACCUGGGCCUUGACGAAGGGGUUAUCUUCGAGCCCCUCGCGGUCGCAAUUCAUGGCCUCCGUCUUUCAAAACUCAAGCCAGGACAAGAUGUUCUUGUUCUUGGUGCAGGCCCAGUGGGUUUGCUGUCUUGUGCGGUCGCGCGCGAGUUUGGUGCUGGGCGGAUUACCGUGGUCGAUAUCAACAACGAGCGCCUGAGAUUCGCAGCUAAAGAACUAGAAGUGUCCACACAUCAGUUCGAUACGGCCAUUUCGGUAGAGAAGAAUGCUGAAGCCCUUGUCACCGAGAAGGGGCUCCGGGAAGGGCCCGACGUUGUCAUCGAAGCGACGGGGGUAGCGCCAUGUGUUCAACUCGGCAUUGAGUCGAUUAAAAAGGGUGGAUCCUAUGUUCAGGUCGGAUUAGGGAAGAAAACAGUGGAGUUUCCACUGGUUGUAAUGAGUGAGAAAGAGAUCACGCUAAAGGGUUGCUUCCGGUAUGGCCCUGGGGAUUUCGCAUUGGCAUCGAGUCUGGUCGGUCGGGGCAAAAUUCCUUUGAAGGCCUUCGUCAGCAAGAUAUUUCCAUUUCACCAAGCACCUGAGGCAUGGGAGGCAGCUCGAAAAGGGCAAGGGGUGAAAUUUCUCAUACAAGUCGAUGGCAGCCAGACUUGA